AUGGCUGAUUUCAACAUCGACUCAGCUUUCAUCCCAGCUCUGCACAAACCUGCAGCGCUGCUGCCGAUAGCGAAGCACCGCGAAAGCCUGCUGUAUGUCGUCGAGACAUACCCCGUCACCAUAGUCAUCGGCCAGACGGGCUCGGGCAAAACAACACAGAUACCCCAGUUUCUCGAACGCGCUGGCUGGUGCUCGGAUGGCAAGAUCAUCGGCGUCACGCAGCCUAGACGCGUCGCGGCAACGACGGUGGCGUUGCGCGUUGCCGAGGAGGUUGGAUGCGAAGUCGGCAAAGAGGUCGGCUAUUCGAUCCGGUUCGAAGAUGUCACCUCGGCGGCGACGCGUGUCAAGUUCAUGACGGACGGCCUACUCAUCAGGGAAGCUCUCGUCGACCCCCUGCUGAGUCGGUACUCGGUCAUCAUGGUCGACGAAGCGCACGAGCGGUCCACCAGCACGGACAUCCUGCUCGGCCUCCUCAAGAAGAUCCGCAGAAAGCGUCCCGAUCUGCGGCUCAUCAUCAGCAGCGCCACGCUGCAGGCGGAGGAGUUUCUCUCCUUCUUCACGCAGCCGACGGAAGAGACGGCCCCCCCGGGGGCGGGUGGAGAGGAGAAGCACGAGACGGCGAAGAUUGUCAGCCUCGAGGGCAGGACGUACCCCAUCGACAUCCUGCACCUCGAGUCGCCGGCAGAGCACUACGUCGAGAAGGCGGUGGAGACGGUGUUUGACAUCCACAGCCAGGAGGGGGACGGGGACAUUCUCGUCUUCUUGACCGGCAGGGAAGAGAUCGACCAUGCCGUGCAGGAGAUUGCCGAGAGGGCGGCGCAGGCCGGCAGCAGGUACGGUGCCAUACAACCGCUGCCGCUGUACGCCGGGCUGUCGACGGAGCAGCAAAUGUACGUCUUCGACAAGGCGCCCAAGGGAACACGGAAAGUGAUAUGCUCGACGAACAUCGCCGAGGCAUCCGUCACCAUCGACGGCAUCGUCUACGUCGUCGACUGCGGCUUCGUCAAGCUACGCGCGUACAACCCGACGACGGGGAUAGAGACGCUCACGGCCGCACCGGUUUCCAAGGCGUCGGCGUCGCAGCGGGCAGGCCGAGCGGGACGAACGAGGCCCGGAAAGUGCUUCCGGCUCUACACGCAGCAAGCGUUCGAGGCGCUGCCCGAAGCCAACCCGCCCGAGCUUCAGAGGAGCAACCUGGGGCCGGUGGUGCUGCAGCUCAAGGCGCUGGGGAUCGACAACGUCGUCCGGUUUGACUUCCUAUCCCCGCCGCCGGCCGAGCUCAUGUCGAAGGCGCUCGAGCUUCUCUACUCGCUCGGCGCCCUCGACGACUAUGCCAAGCUCACGCGCCCGUUGGGGUUUCGCAUGGCGGAGCUGGCGGUCGAGCCGAUGAUGGCCAAGACGCUGCUGUCGGCGCCAUCGUUUGACUGCCUCGGCGAGAUGCUCACCAUCGCAGCCAUGACGAGCCUCGGCGGCAGCGUCUGGUUCCACCACGACGGCGAGCAGAAGCAGAUGGAGAGCUCGCGCCGCAAGUUCGCGGCCGAGGAGGGAGAUCACCUGACGCUGCUCAACGCGUACACGGCCUUUGUCACGACGGGCAGGAAAGAGGCUCGCUUCUGCCGGGAGAACAACCUCAACUUCAAGUCGAUGACGCGCGCCGUCAGCAUCCGCUCGCAGCUCAAGCGCUACCUCGAGCGGUUCAACAUAUUCGUCGACGAGUCGCCCGCGUCACGGCAGCCGGCGGCUGAGGCAGACCAGGGUCGGAAGGCGGAGCGGAUCCGGCGGUGCCUCACGUCGGGAUACUUUGCGCACGCGGCGAGGAUGCAGGCGGACGGGACGUACCGGAACGUCGAGGGCGGGACGGUGCUGCAGGCGCACCCGAGCUCGUUGAUGUUCAACCGCAAGGCGGACUGGGUGAUUUUUCACGAGGUCAUGGAGACGGGAGAGAAGACGUUUAUCAGGGACGUGACCAAGAUCGAGAAAGGGUGGCUGCUGGAGCUCGCGCCGGGGUUUUACAAGGUGACAGACUCGAGAACGAGCUAG